GUCUCCGCGGGAGCUGAAAGAAAGCGAAAAGUAAAACAACAGCGCCCGUGGAGAGCGAUGGUGCAUGUUUUCCCAUCAAAAGACUUCAUUUGGAACUAGGAGAGAAAGAAAAUAAUUUUGGUUCAUGUUGUUGAGAAGAGGGAUAACAUUAAGGGAUUAACCUCGGAAGGAUUGUCGUGGGAGAAAGUUGAAGCUAUCAUGUUAAUGAUGCCACCUCCCUAAACAUCAGCAACAAUUAUUAUGAAGCAAAACUGCACAGUACGAGAACAGCUUCUGUAAAUGGAUCCAAAUUUCUUUACAGAGCCCAGUCAGUAUAGAUUGGCAACAGAGUGACCGUAAUCACCAUCAGCACAGGUGCAUUGCAAGGCUGUGUGAUCUUUGGUUGUAGUCCACUUCUGGGCACCAUGGGCUGAACAGUGUACUCAAAUGAAUGAAGUUUUGAAUGAAUUGGCCAAAGAAUAUGCACAUGUUAUGUUUUUAAAGCUUGAAGCUGAAUCUGUUUCAGAGAUCUCUGAAAAAUACGAAAUUAGUGCUGUGCCAACAUUCCUGUUUUUUAAGAAUUGUCAGAAGAUUGAUCAGCUAGGUGGUGCUCAUGCUCCUGCUUUAACUAAAAAGGUUCAGCAGCACAGUGAAACUGCUAAACAGGAUCUGAAUGAUCAGUUGAGAAAACUUAUAAAUUCAGCACCUUGUAUGCUAUUUAUGAAGGGAUCACCUCAAGAACCUCGAUGUGGCUUUAGCAAGCAAAUUGUGGGAAUCCUCAAUGAACAUAAUAUACGUUUUAGCACAUUUGAUAUUCUUUCUGAUGAAGAUGUGCGUCAGGGACUAAAGGUUUACUCUAACUGGCCCACAUAUCCUCAACUGUAUGUGAAUGGAGAACUGGUGGGAGGACUUGACAUAGUAAAGGAGCAAGCUGAAUCUGGUGAACUAGACAAAAUUUGCCCAAAGGAAAUGGGACUAGAACAGAGGUUGAAAGCACUGAUAAAUAAAGCAAGAGUGGUUCUUUUUAUGAAAGGCGACAAAACGUUGGCAAAGUGUGGAUUCAGUCGUGCCAUCAUUGAAAUACUAAAUGAAACUGGUGUUGACUAUGAAACCUUUAACAUUCUGGAAGAUGAAGAGGUGAGGCAAGGAUUAAAGACAUUUUCCAACUGGCCUACGUAUCCACAACUUUAUGUGAAGGGUGAGCUUAUUGGAGGGCUCGAUAUUGUAAAGGAAAUGAAAAAUAAUGGAGAGCUUCUUUCAAUAUUAAAAGAAGAAGCUGCCAGUUAAAAUUUUAUGAAUGAGCACAGCUGCCUUGAACUUGUAUUUGUUUACUUUAAAAGUUAUUAUUCAAUGACAAUAAUAUAGUCUAAAGCCAGGUAAUACAAUGGUGGGUGUAAAUCAUCUUUGAUAAUGCUUCUGUAAUAUUUCAUGAAUAACAUUCGAGCAUGAAGGGAGAAACAUGCAAUGGGCUGAAACAAUGAUCAAAUGUUAUACUCAUUUCAAUAAAACAUUAUUGUGUUAUGCGGCUA